AUGUCUGAAUCUGUCACAGAUGUUCAACCCGAACCUGUGCCAGAACCUGAGCCAGAACCUGUGCCAGAACCUGAGCCAAAAUCUGAGCCAGAACCUGAGCCAAAAUCUGAGCCAGAACCUGAGCCAGAACCUGAGCCAAAACCUGAGCCAAAAGUUGAUCCCAAAGUUAGUUUAACUGCUGCUCGACCCCCUCCUAGCCCAACAGUUCACACCAGUACUUUUUCAAUUGCUCGAAGCACUUCAGUCUCACCUCGAACCCGUCCUCUUGUUAGUGCUUCUGCCUCACCUGCUCGGUUGACUCCAGCUCUACCACCUGUUCAGGUGACUAUAGCUCAUUUGACUGCAGCUCAACCACCUGCUCACAUGUCUUCAUCUCAGACUGCUUUAAGACCUCAAAAAACAAUCUCAAGGCCUCAGAUCAACAAAACUGAAUCUGGAAAGUCCCUUGAUGAAAAGAAAGGAAAAAGAAAUUUGAAUGACCUGAAGAAGGAAGUGGAUUUGGAUGACCACAAGCUGACUCUGGAGGAGUUAAGCAAAAAGUAUUCUGUUGACCUGACUAAUGGGCUCACCAGCAAACAGGCAAAGGAGUUCCUGCUCCGGGAUGGGCCCAAUGCCCUCACCCCCCCCGCCACCAUUCCUGAGUGGGUCAAGUUCUGUCGUCAACUUUUUGGGGGCUUCUCCAUCCUGCUGUGGAUCGGUGCUGUUCUCUGUUUUUUGGCGUAUGGUAUUCAGAGCUACAUGGAAACGCAAAAUAACAAAGACAAUCUGUUUUUGGGCUUGGUACUGACUGCUGUGGUCAUUGUCACUGGCUGUUUCUCCUAUUUCCAAGAGGCUAAAAGCUCUAUGAUCAUGGAGUCAUUCAAGAACUUGGUGCCAGAGCAAGCUAUUGUGAUACGAGAUGGAAAGAAGUUACAGAUCAAUGUAAGUGAAGUGGUUUUAGGAGACGUAGUAGAGAUAAAGGGUGGAGACCGAAUCCCUGCCGAUCUCCGGAUCAUCUCUUCUCAAGGAUGUAAGGUGGAUAAUUCAUCUCUGACUGGCGAGUCAGAGCCACAAAGCCGUUCUCCUGAGUACAGUGACCCAAAUCCCCUGGAAACCCGUAACAUCUGCUUCUUCUCUACCAACUGUGUGGAAGGAACAGCCAUAGGCGUUGUGAUUUGCACCGGAGACCGUACAGUGAUGGGUCGCAUUGCCUCAUUGACCUCUGGCUUGGAAGCUGGCCAGACCCCUAUUGCUGCUGAGAUUGAACACUUUAUCCACCUGAUCACAGGGGUGGCUAUAUUUCUGGGCAUCACUUUCUUCAUGCUCUCCCUCUUCCUGGGUUACACCUGGCUUCAGGCUGUCAUCUUCCUCAUCGGCAUUAUUGUGGCCAAUGUGCCUGAGGGGCUACUGGCCACUGUCACCGUAUGUCUAACCCUGACAGCCAAGAGAAUGGCUCGGAAGAACUGUCUGGUGAAGAACCUUGAGGCUGUGGAGACCUUGGGAUCCACCUCCACCAUCUGCUCAGACAAGACAGGCACCCUCACCCAGAACCGGAUGACUGUGGCUCACCUCUGGUUUGACAAGGAAAUAUAUGCAGCUGACACCACUGAGGAUGCAACUGGAUCUAAGUUUGACCAGGAUUCUAAAACCUGGCAUAUCUUGGCCCUAAUUGCUGCUAUCUGUAACCGAGCUGAAUUUAAACCAGAUCAGGAACACACCCCUAUCACUAAGAGGGAAACAACAGGUGAUGCUUCUGAAUCAGCCCUACUCAAGUUCAUCGAACAAAGUUAUUCCUCAGUGAUGAAGAUGAGGGAAAAUAACCCCAAGAAGGCAGAGAUCCCCUUCAACUCCACCAACAAGUACCAGUUAUCGAUCCACGUUUGGGAUUCCGAUGACAACAGUCAUGUGCUGGUGAUGAAGGGGGCUCCAGAACGGGUCCUAGAACGAUGCUCCACUAUCCUAAUACAAGGCGAAGAAAAGCCAUUGGACGAAGAAGCUAAAAAUGACUUCCAGAUGGCCUACAUGGAACUGGGAGGGCUAGGGGAACGUGUACUGGGAUUCUGCUUUUUGGACCUCCCUAGUAGUGAAUUCAAUGCCGAAUUUCAGUUUGAUACAGAGGAAAUUAACUUCCCAAUAAGUGACCUUUGCUUUGUGGGGCUCAUAUCGAUGAUUGACCCACCCCGGGCUGCCGUACCUGAUGCAUUAAGCAAGUGCCGAAGUGCAGGAAUCAAGGUAAUCAUGGUAACUGGGGAUCACCCUAUCACAGCCAAGGCCAUCGCCAAAGGUGUUGGAAUAAUCUCUGAGGAUAGUGAGACUGUGGAGGAUAUUGCUGCCCGGCUAGACAUUCCUGUCAGCGAGGUAGAUCCCAGGAAUGCAAAAGCCAUUGUAGUACAUGGCUCACAACUAAAGAAUUUGACAUCAGAGCAGCUAGACCAAAUUCUCCAAGAACACUCAGAGAUCGUCUUUGCCCGAACUUCACCUCAGCAAAAGCUCAUCAUUGUGGAAGGAUGUCAGAGACAGGGUGCCAUUGUGGCAGUGACUGGUGAUGGGGUGAAUGAUUCUCCUGCACUGAAAAAGGCCGACAUUGGCAUUGCCAUGGGUAUCUCUGGCUCUGAUGUUUCCAAGCAUGCAGCUGACAUGAUCCUUCUGGAUGACAAUUUUGCCUCCAUUGUCACUGGUGUGGAGGAAGGCCGACUCAUCUUUGACAAUCUGAAGAAAUCCAUUGCCUAUACCCUGACCAGCAAUAUUCCUGAGAUAAGCCCUUUCUUACUCUUCAUCCUCCUCAACGUACCCCUACCUCUGGGCACUAUCACCAUUCUCUGCAUUGACCUGGGUACUGAUAUGAUCCCUGCAAUCUCCUUGGCCUAUGAAUCAGCGGAGAGUGACAUAAUGAAGCGCAUGCCUAGGAACCCCAAGACAGACAAGCUGGUGAAUCAGCGACUCAUCAGCAUAGCCUAUGGGCAAAUCGGAAUGAUCCAGGCCCUGGCUGGCUUCUUCUCUUACUUUGUGAUCCUGGCAGAGAAUGGUUUCUUGCCUGAUUUUCUGAUAGGCAUCAGGGUUCAUUGGGAUGAUCCAUCUGUAAGUGACCUGGAUGAUAGUUAUGGACAGGAGUGGACCUAUGAGCAGCGGAAGGUGAUAGAGUUCACAUGCCAAACUGCCUUCUUCAUCAGCAUUGUAGAGGUGCAAUGGGCUGACCUCAUCAUCUGCAAGACCCGUAGAAACUCUGUCUUCCAUCAGGGCAUGAGGAACAAAGUUUUGAUCUUUGGGAUAUUCGAGGAGACAUUUCUGGCAGCCUUUCUGUCCUAUUGCCCAGGCAUGGACAAAGCCCUUCGCAUGUACCCUCUCAAAUUUGUCUGGUGGCUCUGCGCUCUCCCCUAUUCUAUACUUAUUUUCCUCUAUGAUGAGAUUCGAAAAUGUCUAAUACGGAAAAGCCCUGGUGGUUGGGUGGAGAAGGAGACAUAUUACUGA